AUGAGUGAAAUACCUGGAUGUGGGUCAGGAGGCUGGACACUAGUUAUGAAAGUGGAUGGCAACCAGGUAAAUAAAAUUCCACUGCACAAAUAAACGGCGGAUUCGAGACACUUAUACAUUCUUUGACAUAUCGUCACAAUGCAGACCUAUUGUGGUUUAGUACUGUAAACAAAGAUAUGGAUAUAACAAUAAUAUGCAUCUGACAAUACAAUUUAAUUCAUUCCUGCACUAGAAGACAUGUUAUUCACAACCAGUGUUGUAACGAGUCACCAACAGGUCGAGUCACGAGUCGAGUCAUUUUACUAUCUGAUCAAGUUGAGUCGAGUCAGUGGUCUCACUCGAGUCGAGUCCGAGUCGAAUCAAUGGCUACGCGAAUUGUACGGUGAACAAAAAGGUAAACCAAAAUGCCAUUUUACAAGUGGAAACAUGCCUAUAGAUCUGCAUCGAGAAUUACUUUUUAUUUCUUCAAGCUCUUUCAGGACUCUUCCCAACCUAUUCAACAACAAUAGUUUUGAUGAAUUUAUCAUGAAAAAGUUGUAGCUGAGUUGACUCGAGUCAUUUAAGGCAGAUAUCAACAAAUCGAGUCGGGUCGAGGUAUUUGGGGGUUGUUGACUCGACUCAAGUCAUUUCUCGUAUUCGAAUCGCGUCGCAGAAAAUUGCGACUGGAGUAGACUCGAGUCCGAGUCAAUGAAUCGACUCGUUACAACACUGUUCACAACACAAAUUUGAGUACAAAUAUGGAGAGGGAGUGGACAUUAGUUUGCCAUACAAGGAGGGAAGGGUUUUGCCUUUAAAUGUCUUGAAAUGUUCACCUUACAGGUAGAAAAACACGCUUAUUUUUUAUGUGCAUUAAAAUAUCCAAAGCAUUUAUUUGGAACUAAACAAAUGAACCAAUCAUCAAAAUUUUGCAAUUCGUAUGGUAUGGUAUGGUAUUGGUAUGGUAUGGUAAACUUUAUUCAAAGACGCUGGCCUCAGCUUGUCAACAGUUUGUCGGUUUCCACGAAGAACGUCAAACCAUUAAAGUUCUAUACAAGAAAACUAUUUACAGGAAUUAUAUACGAAAUAAGAAAAUGUGCAGAAAUUAUAUUAGUGGGUGGAAAUUGCUUGAAAUUUCACCAUCCCUGUCAAUGUAAACUCCUAACAUUUCAAUUUUCUUCUCUCGCGGUCGCUGCUGACAUGAUUACAUAUCGAUUCGAAAUGAUCACUUUUUACGCAUAUUUAGAUCACUUUUUACGCAAGUUUAUACCACGCGAUACGCGCUCGUGUUUACAGGUAUUAACGUCCUACAUGGUUUUUGCGCGUGCAUGUGUACUUGUUGGCGCAAUGCUGAUGUGGAGAAUUAUUUACCGGUCAUUGAUCAUACCAAAUGACUAAAAAAUAUCCAGCUUAAUUAAGUGAACAACUUUCCUUUAUAGACGGAUUUUAACUACAGCUCCCCGUACUGGACAAACAAGAUACCCUACGCAGUUGAAGACGGGCUUGCAGGCUUGACAGAAAAACAAACAAAACUGGCAUCUUACUGGAACACACCGUUUAGCACAAUGUGCCUCGGAAUGAAAGUGAAAAACGUUACAAAAUGGAUUAGUUUCGACCACCAAGGAAGCUCACUGUUCAAUGAGAUCGAAGACGGAACCUUUAAAGAAAUAACAGCGGGGCGACAAAAGUGGAAAUCGCUUUCUGAUGGUUCAUUAUUGCAGCAACACUGCAAUAAAGAAGGGUUUAAUUAUCAUAAGGAAGUCAACUCCCAAAAAUUUGGGCACAUGUAUAUGAAAAUGCGGAUUGGUAUGGCUGCAAAUAACGAAAACAACUGCAAAACUCCUGACACGUGUAUUGGCUUUGGUACUUCAGUGCGUGGAUGUUAUGGUAAUGCAAUAAGCACAACGUGUGGUAGUAUGGCCGUUUGUCUUUAUUCUAGUAAUAUUGCAGCAUUCGGAUUUAUAUUUGUACAGUAGUAUUCGCAACUAUUGUCGAAAACUAUGACUUGUACAUCCAGUCUCAGGACUAUUGCAUGGAUACAAAUAUAUAUUAACCUAAACUGUAGAUGUUUUUUUGAUUGGCACAUACUAAUAAAGGGUCAGUGAUAGCACUGCAGUUUGAGACUCGUUUUUUAGAAAUUAAAUAGUUUAGUUUCAUUGUGUUUGCAUGAAUAUUUUCAAUAACUUCGAGUUAAGCCCUUCUUUUUUCACGGGGCUUAAAGUGCCUAUGUCAUAGUCAGGGAAUUAGCCUAUAGUUAGAUAGGUCAGAUGAUUUUAAGAAAUUUUGCAAUACAUUUUAUAAUUCGAAAAUUUGAUCUUCGUAGACUUUCAGGGGCUCAAAUUUACAAAAGUACUGGGGCAAGAAUGCCUUUUAGCGCCGGCGUGACGUCAUACCGGGAACUCAUCAAAACAAAAUACAUAUGAUUUACUAUAGUUUCCUGAUAAGUAUAUCGAGUAUAAAUUGGAUGUUUCUGGAAAUUUCUUUGAUAUUUCGAUAGUUGAAAUUUAAAUGUAACUAUAAUCUUUAACCUUCGGUUAUCCAACUGACAGGAAGAUUGGGCGAGAUACUAAUUUUAUGGAUGAGUGUGCAGGUCAAACACGUAUACGCUGAUGCUAAUUUAUCUUGAUUUAUAUACAGAAAUAUCGGGACAAAACGGCAAAGAACUGUAGACUGUUGUUAAACCUAAUUCAGCAGAAUAUAUUCGCUUUGCCCUCGGCAUUGCCAAUGCAGGCCGGAUUGGCGCAAAUUAUUGGGAGCCCAACGCCUCGUCCAGGAUCAAUACAGAGUCAGAGGCGUUGGUUUGCUUGUUGGUUUGCUUGAUUUUGGACGUCAUGAUGUGCCGUAAGUUGGUGAAAAGGGUGGGUAAAUAGGAUUUUUGUGAUUUAAAAGAGAAGUUCCAAAGGCAAAGUGAAAUUGUUCUAUUGUGACCGAUAGUUAUAUGCAUGAGAAAAUUGAUCUUUGAAUAAAGUCGCCAUUCUAGUUUUGCCUGCAGAAUGCAUAAACAAAGCAAGAAUAAAAUAUAUUUAUGGUUCUGGGCAACAAAUAUAUUUAUGGUUCUGGGCAGCAUAUUUAAAACAACAUUGUUUUAAACUUGUUAUUUUGAAAACCUUGUUUAGUUCUUGAGUAUAUAGCCUACUUUAAAAUUCUAGACUUGUCUGUUAGCAGAUGAAACCACUUCAUUGCCAAAUGUAAACAAAGCAAAGCCAAGGCAAUGGGUCAAUCCAGAUUUCCAGACCCAAGGAUUACACUUACAUUAAUUGAUAGCUCGCAAUUUUCCAAAAUGAUUUAUGGCUCAUGGAUCAAUAUAAUGUCAGACCCCAAAACCAUAUUACUCCAAUAUAAAUUUAUAAUUUAUAAAUAUAAUAGAAUUCCUCGCUUUAUUUGCAUCUUGCAACCAGGCAAGUUCGGCACCCCAAAUAAAUUGAAUAAUACAAAGAACAAAUGUUUCAAAAUGUUGUCACAUUUAAUUGAAAAAUUUAUUAUAUCCAAACCGUGACGUUUUUAGGAUAAAGAGUAUGGUAAAGACUUGUAUGUCAUAGCUCACAAAUGAAAUACAAUAGCCCCUUUGGCUUGCCGGCAUUGUUUACAUUAGGCAUUUUGCUAGCAGACAAGGUCAAAUGUCGAAAAAAUACAAUAGAAUAAUUUUCAAAAUGAUUAUAGUUUACUAUAAUUAAGAAAGUGAUUUUUAUUAUUCAUGAAUCAGAAAUAUAAAGAUGUGUCAUAUCUAACAAAAUGUAGCCUAGUUGUAUUAUUUCAUGAACACAAUAUAAUAGAUCUGGCAACUUGCUUUGUUUACAUUUUGGCGAUUUUGCAAGAGUAGCUUGAUUCACGAAUUUAUUCAAAUAUUAACUUUUUCAUGAAUACCUAUCAAUCACAAUAAAACAAGUUCACUUUGCCUUCAGAGUUUCUCUUUUUAAAUCAUAUAAAAUUUGUAUUUACACCUUUUCACAAAUUUACGGCACAUUCUGACGCGGCUAUGACGCCCAAAUUCAAGGCAAACCGGUGCUUCUAUUGAUCCUGGACGAGGUGUUUUGCCCACAAUAAUUUCCAAUCUGGCUUGUAUUGGCAAAGAGAAUAGAUUCUCCUGGAUUGGGUUUAUUAACAGUCUACAGUUUAAAUUGCCGUUUUGUCCCGAUAUUUCUGUUUAGUAUUUUUGCACAAGUGAACAUAACAAAUCCUACAACCUGAUUGGUCAAAUUUGACGUAUUAAGCUGUUGUAUAACAAAACUGAAAUUUUCAAAAUGGCGGCUAGCCGUUUUGUGGAAGUUUACUGAUAAAGAAAUAAGCAAAAUUAAAAUAAAUUCCGUACCAAAUAACACAAAAGACUUGUGUAAAAAUACUAAAACAAUUAUUCGCCUCAGGCUCGGUGAUUAUCGGGGAAUAUUCACCUCGACUUCGUCUCGGCGAAUAUUCCCCGAUAAUCACCUCGCCUUCGCAAAUAAUUGUUAAAUGUAAAUCAAGAUAGAUUAGCAUCAGCGUAUACGUGUUUGACCUGCACACUCAUCUAUAAAACAAGACGCCUGCUCAGGCGUUCACACUGACCUGAAAAUGACGACAUACGUGCUAUGGUGGAAUAGACAAGAAUACAAAACGUGAACCGCAAACGCAAAGUGUGAAACGGUGAAAGGCUAAAAGAGUGGCGUUGAUCCUCAGGAGAUGUUUUCGUAAUGCCCAAUGAAACACAAGUAUUACUCACAAAUACAAACGUUAUCCAUAAAUGCACAUGGUCUCUGAGCAUGCGAUGCGCUACUAAACACAGACAACAUUGUUUACAUUCCGUGAUUCGGUAUUUAUAAACGUAGAAAAUUCGAAAAACUCGGCGAUCCAGAUAUUGCAUUUCCAGAGACGUUGCAGGAAAAAAAACACCCAGUCAACUUCCAAGAAAGUGCAGAGAAGGAUAAAUCCAAAAUCCACAGAAAAACGCGCUAAAGUUCGUUGACAAAUGAAUAAAUUGUUCGAGACAGAAAUAGUCACUCAUUGAAUGGCCGCCGUCUUGAAAUCUGAUCUGUAUAGUAAACUGGAACGACUGGAACACUUGAAACUGAGCCUGCGAUGCGCUAAAGCAAACUCGAUUUCUCGACGACGGGAAAAACAGAUAUUUAGGGAUUUAAAACACUUGACCUUUCAGGUCAGUGUAAUUAGUGUCUCGCUCAAUCUGCCUGUCAGUUGGAUAACUGAAGGUUAAGGAUAUAGUCUAUUUAAAUUUCAAUCGAAGAAAUUAGCAGAAACAUCUAAUUUAUACUCAAUUUUAUCAAGAAACUAUAGUAAAUCAUAUGUAUUUUGUUUUGAUGAAUUCUCGGUUUGACGUCACAUCCGACGUCUCGCCCUAGUCCUUUUACACUCUCGGUUAAAAUUUGAGCCUCUGAUAGUCCAUGAAGACCAAAUUUUCGAAUUAUAAAAUAUAUUGCAAAAGUUCUUAAAAUCAUCUAAACUAUCUAAAUAGGCUAAUUCCCUGACUGUGACAUUGGCACUUUAACUCGAACUUUCCAAGUUGUGUUUCUUUCUUCGAGUUAAGCCCUUGACGAAAAUGGGUGUGGUUUGGGCGGGGUCGUGGCUUAACUCGAAAAGGGCUUAAAUCGAAAGGCUUAACUCGAAAAGGGCUUAAUUCGAAGGGCUUAACUCGAGGGGCUUAACUCGAAGAUUACCUUUCUCCUUUCAAACAAUGCACGUAACCCCCUGAUAACCUGAUCGACGUUCAGAUGGUGAGCCAAUUAGAUUACGUUAUACAGGGUGUCUAAAAAACACGCUAUGGAAAUUCAACCGGCUGUCGUGCAUCAUAAACGUGGUUAAACAGUUAAAUAUUUACAUACGACGAAAGAACAGUUAUUUAGCUUUUCAAUGAUACACUUUUUAAAUCGUUACGAUGAGAAAUGGCCACAUACUCGUCAAAUAAAAACUGCCGGUCGAAAUCACAUUCUUCCACCGUUGAGAAUUGCAUGGAAAACGAACCAUAGACAAUUCCCAAGAGGGAAUUAAAAUUGAAUGUUCAAUUAUCUAAAAUGAGCUCAACUCGUCGACCUUCGUCUUAGUGAGACAACUACUCAAUAAGGUCGUCCAUUAAAUAUGGUUCAAUUAAACCCCUGAACAGAGAACAUUCGUAAUCAAAACGUUUUACGAAACAAAUAGCUUGCAACAGGCUCGCGUUUCAUUUGGAUUGACUACUUUGCAUAAUUAAUGUGAUUAUAUGAUAAAACACGAUAUUAUUUUCUAAUAUCUGAUAAAACACGAGUUUAUAUAAAGAAUACUAAUGAGGACACGACUACAAUACAUACUGCCUUAUUAGUAUUCUUUAUAUAAAGAAUACUAAUUAGGAGUGUUUUAUCAGGUUCAAUGCCACUGCACGUGAUAUAUUAUGGUUGACAUGAUUUGCCAAUAAGCUUAUGAAUUAUUAAUGAGUGUUUGAAAAACAUUAUAUUAGAUUGGGACUUGAUCAAUUGUAAUAUAACAUAGAUAGUUGUUGAAUAAAAUUUGCAAAUUGAAGCGUGUGACUGUGAAAGCAGACAACGAAAUCUGCGACAGACUGGUGUUGCUCCACAAGCUGCAAGUCAGGUAUAACUUGCAAAUAUAUGCCCGAUAAGCAAUUAUCUGUUCUUAUAAAUUAUUAUCAAUUAUCUAUUCUUAUAAAAUGGUUACUUCAUUAUUUUAUCCACAUUCGGUAUCUUUCCAUGAUUCUAAUCCCAAGUACAACCCAAUAGACAACAUGUAUGCUAUAUGGCAUAGCUAUCUUCUUAUACGACAGUGUCGCAUAUUGUGCAGGAAGAUAUUUGAUCAUUUGAUGUAUUAAACAAUCCCAAAUGUAGUGUGAGAGAGCAAGUUGCCACCAUGCAAGGUAAAUUUCAUCAUUUAAUAACCACAGUGAACUAUGCAACUUGAUUGGUCAUUACCCGUGUGUUACAGUGGAAUCAAACAAUCCUGCACGCAAGGGAAGUUUAAAUGACUUUGCGCGGGCUUUUCAAAAUGUCGGACAAUGAAAACUUUUAACGUGCAAAGAUAACAGUAUAUUAAACGAGAGACAAGUUAACAAAAACGUUAAUAAAAUUAUUCGGUUCUCCUUUAAUCUACUAUUAUACCUCAAAUUGUCCAAUCAAUAAACAGCAUUUGUACCACAUGAUAAUGUGACUUUUAUCAUUUACUGACCAGGAGCGGGGGGGGGGGGCAUAUUACCCGAAGUGAUGAUAUUUCACGAGGGGCUUUGCCCGAAGGAAAUAUCACUGAGGGUAAUAUUUCGAUGAAUCUCCGGAAUCUCAGGAAGAAUUUUGAUGUUAUCAGCCGAUGUUGUGUCUCCAUCGUUGACUAAAAUAUUUAACCAAUCUCUUAUUCAGGGAAUUUAUCCAGACGAUUGGAAAAUUGCUAAAGUCGUCCCUGUUUUUAAAAAUGGAGCAAGGAAUGAUUUGAAUAAUUACCGACCAAUAUCAAUAAUUUCGGCUGUUGCUAAAAUAUUCGGCAAAUUAGUGCAUGAUCAAUUUUAUUGCUACUUAACAAGCAAUGAUUUAUUGUCGAAAUAUCAAUCCGGAUUUCGUACAAAUCACAGCACUCUUACCGCUUUGUUGGAAACAACAAAUAGUUGGUGUGUAAAUAUUGAUAACGGCCCCCUUAAUGGAGUUGUUUUCAUUGGUCUAAAGAAAGCGUUUGAUACUAUUGAUCACAACAUACUUCUGAUUAAAUUAAAACAUUAUGGAGUAGAUGAUAAUGCUUUGACAUGGUUCCACUCAUAUUUAACAAAUCAGAAACAAUAGUGUUUUGUCAAUGGAAACUUUUCCGACAGUUGUCCCAUAACUUACGGGGUUCCUCAGGGCUCUAUUAUUGGUCCUCUCUUGUUCUUAGUCUAUAUCAAUGACCUGCCUGAAUGCCUGUAUGAGGGGUUACCUAGAAGUAUGCCGAUGACACCAACAUAAGUUUUCAAAAUAAUAAACUUGAUGAGCUUGAAGAUCUUAUGAAUAUCGAACUUGGAAAACUUAAAGAAUGGCUUAAUGUUAACAAGUUAAGUUUAAAUGUUGCUAAAACUGAGUUCAUGGUUAUCGGUUCUCGUCAAAUACUUGCAACAUUUGAUGACCAUGAAAUUAAUGUUUUUGUAGGCAAUGAUCAAAUUGAAAGAGUCAAUAGCUCUAAAUCUUUAGACUUAAAAUUGAUGUAAACUUGACCUGGAAAAGGCAUAUUGAUGAAAUCUCAAAGAAAGUCUCGGCCGUAAUUAGCGCUUUGAAGCGAAUAAGAAGCUAUAUUAGUCAAGAUACAGCAGCUAGAGUGUAUCAGGGACUAAUUGAGCCAUAUUUUUCCUACUGCGCUCCUGUUUGGGACGGCAUUGGUAGUAAAUUGAGUGAUAAAUUGAAAAAACUUCAAAAUAUAGCCGCACGUGUUAUAACACGUUCUUCCUAUGAUGCUUCAUCUAGCUCUGUACUUGAAGAACUUAUUAGAUGGAAUAAUUUAUAUACUAACCGUAAAAUGCAAAAAGCAAUUCUCAUGUAUAAAGUCACGAACAAUUUAACACCUAUGUAUCUACAAGAUUUGUUUGUAACUAGAGUUAGUCACUAUAGUCUCAGAGAUUCUGAAGGCAAACUGUUUCUCCCUAAACCUAGAACGGAUAUCUUAAGCGCUCCUUUAGUUAUAGUGGAGCUUCAUUAUGGAAUAACUUGCCUGAAUCUCUGAGAUCAUCUUUAUCACUUUCAUCUUUUAAAAGAUCUUUAAAAACUAAUUGUCACAUAUAGCAUGACAGUUUAUGUAAAUUAGUAUUUUGUGUGAUAUAAAAGACUUGUUGUUGACAAGACUGUGGGAUAUAUAUAUACGGAUAUUAAACGUAUUUUACAUGGUGUCAGGUGUGGGAUUCUAUGGAUAGCUUUCACAAGCCGAGUGCUUUAAGUUUUGACGGAAAUACAUCAGAAAAUUGGAGACGAUUAAGCAGCAGUUUCAGAUAUAUUUAGUCGCGUCGGGAAGCGAAGACAAAGACAACCCGAUUAAAAUAGCCAUAUUGUUAAAUUUUGCCGGCGAAGAUGCGAUAGAAGUUUUCAAUACUUUCGCGUUUUCUGCUGGCGAUGAUAAGAAAUUGGAUAAGGUUAUCGAACAGUUUGAAAGGUAUUGUAACCCCAGAAAAAAUGUAGUCUUCGAGAGAUACCAGUUCUGGAAAAUUACGCAGAGAGAUUCAGAGACGGUUGACCAAUUUGUCACAAGAUUAAAGAACAAAGUAAAAUCGUGCGAAUAUACAUCGGUUGACGAUAUGGUAAGGGACAAGUUUGUGUUUAGUAUACAAGACUUAACUGUGAAAGAAAGAUUGUUAAGAGAAGAGAAACUUACACUGGAAAAAGCUAUAAGUAUGGCUAGAGCAGCCGAAGCGUCGAAGGAACAGAUAAAAGUCAUGAAUGCUAGUGCGCAGUCGAGCGAAGCAAAUCAGUCGGUAAAUGUUCUUCGAUAUGACGCCAAUCAAGGAAAAGGGCAGAUAGGUAGCCGCCGUGAAAAAACAAAGUCCGAAAAGUGUGGAUUCUGUGGUAUGGUUCACGCAUUAAGAUCUUGCCCAGGCAUUCGGCAAAACAUGCAACUAUUGUAA